CAGCAGCAACUUCGGCAGAGCGAGGAAGAGGACGGGGGUAGAAGAAGCGGCGGGAAGGGAGGGCGCAGACACUCGUAUCUCCCUUUUUUUUUUUGCCUUUCGAGCGCGGCGGGGAAGGGCUUGCCGAGGGGGCGGCGGCGACGGUGAAAGGAGAAUAAUUUUUUAGCAGGGAAGCGCCAAACCGAGACAAACGCGCGCAAGCCCUCGCCACGUGCGCGCGGCGGUGAAGCGAGUGGGGGACUUAAACCCAGCCAUCGGGGGGGAAAAAAGGGCCGGGCCGGGCGUGAGAGGAGGGAGCAAACUCGGGGAAGAAAAAAAAAAAGGACUUAAUCGUAGACGGGCGGACGAGCCCGUUGGGAUGUGGUUCGCGGGGCUGUGCUUGUGGGUCGGCGGGGCUUUGGCGUGGGCGCCCGCGCAGCCCCGCAGCCUGUAUCGCCCCUUCAACUUGAGUUCUCUAGCGGCGCUCUCGGCUCCGUUCAAGCCGGCCGCCUCCGGGACGUUGUUGUCGGAGUCGCCCGCGGCGACCACGGGCAACAAAGUGGAGAAACUCGGGCGGGCUUUCAAGCGGCAGGUGAGGCAGCUGCGGGAGAAGAGCGACCGCUUGGAACUGGUCUUCUUGGUGGACGAGUCGUCUAGCGUGGGGCAGGCUAACUUUCUCAGCGAGCUGCGCUUCGUCAAGAAGCUGCUCUCCGACUUCCCGGUCGUGCCCACGGCCACGCGGGUGGCCAUCGUGACCUUCUCCUCCAAGAACAACGUGGUGCCACGCGUGGACUACAUCUCGCCUCCCACUCGGGCGCAGCAGCGGCAGCACAAGUGCGCCCUACUCAGCCGCGAAAUCCCGGCCAUCGGCUACCGAGGGGGCGGCACCUACACCAAGGGGGCUUUCCAGCAAGCCGCGCAAAUAUUGGUUCACUCCCGCAUAAAUGCUACCAAAGUAAUAUUUUUGAUUACGGAUGGAUAUUCCAAUGGAGGGGAUCCUCGUCCCAUUGCAGCAUCCUUGCGUGACUUUGGAGUAGAAAUCUUCACGUUUGGGAUAUGGCAAGGCAAUAUCAGAGAGCUGAAUGACAUGGCUUCUCACCCAAAGGAGGAACACUGCUACUUGCUCCACAGUUUUGCAGAGUUUGAAGCUUUAGCGCGCAGAGCUCUCCAUGAAGAUCUGCCUUCUGGAAGUUACAUUCAGGAAGACAUAGCAUAUUGCUCCUAUCUUUGUGAGGGGACUGAAAAUUGUUGUGAUACCAUGGCAAGUUGCAAGUGUGGUACUCACACAGGACACUUUGAGUGUAUCUGUGAAAAGGGAUACUAUGGCAAAGGACUACAGCAUGAAUGUACAGCCUGCCCAUCUGGAACUUACAAGCCUGAAGGAUCACCAGGUGGGAUCAGCACCUGCACCGCGUGUCCUGAUGAGAAUCACACUUCUCCACCAGGAAGUACCUCUAUGGAGGACUGUAUAUGCAAGGAAGGGUAUCGUCCUAGAGGUAAAUCGUGUGAAGUGGUCCACUGCCCUGAGCUGCAGCCUCCAGAAAAUGGUUAUUUUAUCCAGAAUGUGUGCAACAAUUAUUUCAAUGCUGCUUGUGGAAUUCGAUGUAAAACAGGAUUUGAUCUUGUUGGAAGUAGCAUACGACUUUGCCAGCCAAACGGUGCCUGGUCUGGUUCAGAGACGACUUGCAGGGUUCGCACAUGCCUCAAACUCUCAACCCCUCAAAACGGCCAUAUUAAUUGCUCAUUAAGUGAGAUCUCUUAUAAGACUGUGUGCUUAUUCACUUGCAACGAAGGCUACGAACUGGAAGGCCACACCAAACUUACCUGUCAAGGCAACUCUCAGUGGGAUGGGAAGGAACCAAAAUGUGUUGAGUUGCAUUGUCCUGCCUUCCUAAAACCAAAAGGUGUUAUUGUUCACCCUUAUAUUUGUGGGCUUGAACAAUCAAAAUAUGGCACUGUGUGCAGGCUCAGUUGUCCAAAUGGAUUCCUUUUGUCUGGUGUAACAGAAGACCUGAGGUGUUUACACACUGGGAAAUGGAGUGAAAAUGUGCAGAUAGCUGUUUGUAAAGACAUUGAACCGCCACAAAUUAGCUGUCCAAAUGAUAUUGAAACACCAACUCUGGAAAACCAGAAUUCAGCAAAUAUUAGCUGGCAGAUUCCAGAUGCAAUUGAUAAUUCUAGAGACGAGGUGUUAGUUCAGGUUACUCCAGCCUUUAUACCACCCUACCUUUUCCCAAUUGGAGAAGUUGGCAUUACAUAUACAGCAACUGACAGAGCUGGAAAUGAGGCAAGCUGCUCUUUCAAGAUCAAAGUGAUUGACAUUGAAGCUCCAGUAAUUGAUGAAUGUAGAUCUCCACUACCAAUUCAAAUCACUGAGAAGGAGCACAAAGUAACAUGGGAUGAGCCACAAUUUUCAGACAAUUCAGGAUCUGCCUUAAUAAUAACUAAAACUCACUCACCUGGAGAUCUGUUUCCCAAAGGAGAAACACUGGUUCAGUAUACAGCCACUGACUUGGCUGGAAAUAACAGGACAUGUGAGAUUAAUAUUGUCAUAAGAGGUUCUCCUUGCGAAAUUCCCUUUACUCCACUGAAUGGUGAUUUUAAAUGCAUUGAAAAUGAGUCAGGAGUUAAUUGCACAUUAUUUUGCAUGGAGGGAUAUGAUUUCACAACAGGUUCCAAUGAAAAUUACUACUGUGCCUAUGCAGAUGGUAUCUGGAAUCCUCCUUACUCCAAUCAAUGGCCUGACUGUUCUUUGAAUCGUUUGGCAAAUCACGGUUUUAAAUCCUUUGAAAUGUUGUAUAAAGCAACACGAUGUGAUGACAAUAAUCUUCUUAAAAAUUUUGUGGAAGUUUUUCAAAGUGCACUUGGUAAAAUGGUUCCAUCGUUUUGCAAUGACAUCGAUGACAUUGACUGUAGAUUUGAGGAUCUGCCACAGAAGCAUUGCUUAGAAUAUAAUUACAACUAUGAAAAUGGCUUUGCAAUUGGUCCGGGUGGCUGGGGUGCCAUAAAUCGGCUGGAUUACUCUUAUGAUGAUUUUGUUGAAGUAGAUUCUGAAGAGCAACGUCCUAAAUUACCAUCUGAUUCUAUGGAUGUGGCAAACUCCCGGGUCAAAAGACACAAAAAAAUAAAUAUGCCCAUGUCAGACCACAAAAUAAAGUUAAUUUUUAAUAUCACUGCUACUGUACCACUGCCUGACAAACGCAAUGAUUCUCUGGAAGCAGAAAACCAGCAGCGCCUUCUAAAAACACUAGAGAGGAUCACAAAUAGAUUGAAAAGAACUCUCAACAAGCAUCCCAUGUAUUCUUUUCAGUUAUCUUCUGAGUUGCUUGUAGCUGACAUCAAUUCUCUAGAAGCUGAUAAGGCUUUUCUCUUCUGCAAACCGGGCUCUGUUCUACGGGGGCGAAUGUGUGUUAAUUGUCCUUUGGGUACUUACUAUUCUCUGGAACAUCAUGCAUGUGAAAGUUGCUGGAUUGGAUCAUAUCAAGAUGAGGAAGGACAGGUAGAAUGUAAAAACUGUCCAUCUAACACCUACACUGAAUAUCUCCAUUCCAGAAGCGUGUCAGAAUGCAAAGCUCAGUGCAAGCCGGGAACUUCUUCUCCAAACGGCCUUGAGAUCUGUGAAUCAUGUCCCUUUGGCAAAUAUCAGCCUACCACUGGAUCUAAGCACUGCAUUUCUUGUCCAGAAAAUAUGUCAACAGUCAAAAGAGGAGCUGUGGAUAUAUCAGCAUGUGGAGUUCCUUGCCCAGCUGGAGAAUUCUCACGUUCUGGUUUAAUGCCGUGCCAUCCUUGUCCCAGGGACUAUUACCAACCUGAUCCAGGAAAGUCCUAUUGCUUAUCUUGUCCAUUUUAUGGAACAACAACAAUCAUUGGAGCCAGAUCUAUAGCAGACUGCUCAAGUUUUGGCUCUACUUUUUCUGCAGCGGAGGAGAGUGUGGUGCUUCCAGUUGCUCCAGAAAAUAUCAGCAAGGGCCCCAAAGUCAGCAGCCAGAUAUUCCAUGAAUGUUUGCUGCAACCAUGUCAUAACAGUGGAACUUGCAAACAGGUUGGAAGUGGUUACAUUUGCAUAUGCCCACCAGGAUAUGCAGGAUUAAAAUGUGAAAAAGAGAUUGAUGAAUGCAAGUCAUCUCCCUGUCUCAACAAAGGGAUUUGCAAGGAUGGCACUGCAGCAUUCAUUUGCCAGUGUCAGCCAGGCUACUCAGGCUUACUAUGUGAAGAAGAUGUAAAUGAAUGCAGUUCAAAUCCUUGUCUGAAUAAAGCAGUCUGUGUUGAUGAUAUUAACUCUUACCACUGCUUGUGUCCAGAAGGCUUCACAGGUACUCACUGUGAAACAGAGGUAAAUGAAUGUCUUUCAAAUCCCUGCUUCAACAGAGCUACCUGUGAAGAUCAGAUUGCAGGUUUCCAUUGCAAGUGCUUGCCUGGAUUUAUUGGUGCUCUAUGCGAAAAAAACAUUAAUGAAUGUCUCAGUAGACCUUGUAAAAACGGAGCCACGUGCAAAGAUGGAAUCAAUGGCUAUAGGUGUCACUGUGUUACAGGAUAUACAGGGCCCCAAUGUGAAGUGAACAUCAAUGAAUGUGAAUCCAAUCCCUGUGAAAAUCAAGGAACGUGCAUGGAUGCCUUGAACUCAUACGUUUGUAAAUGUCCUCCUGGCUUUACAGGCAGCAGGUGUGAAACAGAGCAGUCUUCUGGAUUUAACUUGGAUUUCGAAGUCUCUGGAAUUUAUAGCUAUGUUUUGCUUGAUGGUGUCCUCCCCUCACUCAAUGAGAUCACAUGUGCAUUUUGGAUGAAAUCCUCCGAUACUACAAAUUAUGGGACUCCAAUUUCUUAUGCAGUGGAAAACGGAAGCGACAAUGCAUUCUUGAUUACAGAUUACAAUGGAUGGGUUCUGUAUGUUAAUGGGAAGGAAAGCAUUACAGAUUGCCCUUCUGUGAAUGAUGGCAAUUGGCAUCAUAUUGCUGUGACUUGGGCAAGUGGAGACGGAGCCUGGGGAGUGUACAUCGAUGGAAAAUUGUCUGACGGAGGCAAUGGCUUAUCUGUGGGAACAGAAAUCCCUGGUGGAGGUGCAUUAGUACUCGGACAGGAGCAAGAUCAAAGAGGAGAAGGCUUUAAUCCAGCUGAGUCUUUUGUUGGCUCAAUUAGCCAGCUAAACAUUUGGGGUUACGCUCUGCCUCCUGAACAGGUGAAGUCCUUGGCUACAUCAUGUCCAGAGGAUCUCCAGAAAGGCAACGUAUUAGCUUGGCCAGAUUUUCUUACUGGGGUUGUUGGAAGAGUGAAAAUAGAUCCCAGGAGCAUCUUCUGUGCUGAUUGUCAACCUUUAGAAGGAUCCAUUCCCCACCUGAAAACUUCAUCAGCUACUUUAAAGCCAGGAUCAAAAAUCUCUCUCUAUUGCGACCCAGGUUUCCACAUAGUGGGAAAUUCUGUCCUGCAUUGUCUAAAUUUAGGACAGUGGGCACAACCUCUUCCACAUUGUGAAAGAAUUAGUUGUGGAGAACCUCCACCUUUAGAACAUGGAUUUUACUUGGCUGAGGAUUUCUUUGCUGGAAGUUUUGUAACCUACCAGUGCAAUAGUGGUUAUUACUUGCUGGGAGACUCAAGGAUGCUGUGUACAGACAAUGGAAGCUGGAAUAUUAUUUCACCAUCUUGCCUUGAUGUUGAUGAAUGUGCAGUUGGUUCAGACUGUGACUCCCAUGCUUCUUGCCUUAACACAAAUGGAUCCUACAUAUGUACCUGCAUUCACCCAUAUACAGGAGACGGCAAGAAAUGUGCAGAACCCGUAAAAUGCAAACACCCAGGAGAUCCUGAACAUGGUCGCUCGCAUGGUGUCAGCUACACUGUUGGUAGCGAAAUCAGGUUUUCAUGUGAAAAGGGCUACCAGCUAAAAGGAGUGAGUCAAGUUACGUGUUUGGAAUCUGGGGAAUGGAGCCAUCUGAUACCAUUUUGCGAAGCUAUUUCCUGUGGUAUUCCACCCCACCCUAAAAAUGGUGCAAUCGAUGGCUCCAGAUUUACAUUUGGUAGUAAAGUAAUGUUCAGAUGCGAAGAAGGAUACGUUUUAGUGGGUGAAGCAGAAGCAACAUGUCAAGCGAAUGGUAGAUGGAACCAUUCUUCCCCGUUUUGUGAAUUAGUACAAUGUUCCCUCCCAAAAGAAAUAAAGAAUGGAAAAUAUAUCAUGAACGGUGUGAUGUACCUUUCUAAUGUAUCUUACACAUGUGACGUGGGGUACAGGCUACAAGGACCAUCUGUACUUGUAUGUGAAGCUUUAGGUAACUGGAGCAGCUCACCUCCAGAUUGUGAAAUCAUUUCUUGCGGCCUUCCUCCAGUAAUUAAAGAUGCUGCUGUUACUGGAAACAACUUUACCUUUGGGAAUACUGUCACUUAUACGUGUAAGGAAGGCUACACAUUACUUGGCCCUGACACUGUGUCAUGUUUGUCCAAUGGCAAGUGGAACCUCAGUCAACAACAGUGUGUGGCAGUAUCCUGUGAUGAGCCGCCUCCUGUGGAACAUGCUUCUCCAGAAAGUGGACAUCGAUUAUUUGGCGAUAUAGCAAUCUACUAUUGCUCUGAUGGGUACAGUCUGGCUGGCAAUUCCCAGUUACUUUGUAAUGCCCAGGGCAAAUGGAUGCCCCCUGCAGACCAAGAUAUUCCUGAAUGCAUAGCUGACUUCUGCAAGAGGCCCGAGUCUGUCUCAUACAGCAUCUUGGAAUCUUCAAACAAGGCCAGAUUUUCAGCUGGGUCAGUUGUGAGCUUCAAGUGUACGGAAGGUUUCGUUUUAAACACUUCUGCUAAAAUAGAAUGUGUCCGAGGUGGUCAGUGGAACCCGUCUCCCUUGGCGAUCCAGUGCAUCCCCGUUCGUUGUGGAGAACCAGCAAGCAUUGCAAAUGGAUAUUCAAUUGGCACCAAUUACAGUUUUGGGGCCAUUGUGGCUUAUAGCUGUAUUAGAGGCUACUAUAUUAAAGGAGAGAAGAAGAGAACGUGUGAAGCAACAGGAACAUGGAGUGGUACUGUGCCAACUUGUCAUCCAGUGUCCUGUGGUGAGCCACUAAAACUUGCAAAUGGAAUGAUUAAGAAUAUGACAGGACGUUCCUUUGGAAGUGAAGUGACAUACCAAUGUAAUGAAGGUUACCAGUUGAUCGGAAGUUCAAGGUUAUUUUGCCAGUCAAAUCGUCAAUGGUACAGUGAAGCACAACCUUCUUGUGUGAUCCUCAAUUGUGGAGAACCACCUACCUUCCAGCAUGGAUUCAGCAAGGGGAAAAAAUUUGAAGUGGGAGCCAAAGUCAGUUUUUUCUGUGUUGAAGGCUAUGAAUUGAUUGGAGAUGUUUCUUGGACCUGUCAGAAAUCAGGAAUGUGGAACAAAAAACAAAGCCCUCAAUGCAUCCCAACUAAGUGUCCUGAGCCACCAUUAACUGAGAAUCAACUUGUCUUGAAGGAGAUGGCUGAUCAAGUAGGGGUAGUACAGUUGUCAUGCAGAGAAGGCCUUAUUUUGUAUGGUGCUUCCAUCCUGAGAUGUUUGUCAUCCCAACAGUGGAAUGACUCUUUUCCUGUCUGCAAAAUGGUACUCUGUCGUAGACCUCCUUAUAUUCCUUUUGGGGACCCUGUGGUGUCUUCUCUGCAUUUUGGUAGCACAGUGAGCUACACAUGUAUGGAUGGAUUUUUGCUCAAGGGAACAUCUACUAUUAUUUGCCAAGCAGAUGGUACAUGGACUUCUCCACUUCCAGAAUGCAUUCCUGUGGAAUGCCCGCAGCCAGAGGAAAUUCAGAAUGGUAUUGUAGAUGUGCAAGGCCUCACCUAUCUCAGCACAGCACUGUAUAGUUGCAAACCAGGUUUUGAAUUAAUGGGAAACACAACGAUUCUUUGUGGAGAAGAUGGACGUUGGCUUGGAGGAGAGCCUUCUUGCAAGCCCAUUGAAUGCUCCAAACCCAGGGACAUUAAGAAUGGUCGGUAUUCAUAUGUUGAUCUACACUACACACACACAGUUACCUAUUCAUGUGACAGAGGAUUCCGGCUUGAGGGACAGAGAGUCCUAACCUGCCUGGAAACAAGGGAGUGGGAUACAAAGGCUCCAUCUUGUAGAGCAAUUAAUUGUGAUCCUCCUCAGCCUAUUGAGAAUGGGUUUGUAGAAGGUGCAGAUUACAGCUAUGGUGCCAUGGUUAUAUACAGCUGUAUUCCAGGAUUCCAGCUUUCUGGUCUUGCUAUGCAGAUCUGUGAGGAAUCGGGAUGGUCUAGUGUUAGUCCAGUUUGUCUACCAACAGACUGUGGCCUUCCUCCCCAUAUAGACUUUGGGGGAUAUGUAACAAUCAGCAAUGAAGAAAAGCAUUUUGGCCAAGAAGAUGUAUUUGAAGAAAGCUUCCUUAAACCAAGCCAAUCUAAUUUAUCUCCAAAAGAAACACAACAUUCCUCAAAAGCCAUUAAUAGUUUGCCACUAUCUAGCUAUUUAUAUGGGACUACAGUGUUGUAUAGUUGCUAUUCGGACUAUGAACUCUUAGGAAAUUCCGUGCUAGCUUGCCAAGAAGAUGGAAUGUGGAAUGGUAGUGCUCCUGCCUGUAUUUCCAUUCAAUGUGAAUUACCACUGUUCCCAGAAAAUGGCUUUGUACAUUUUACAGAGAACACUGUUGGUAGUACAGUGAAAUAUACCUGUAACCCAGGGUACAAGCUGAUUGGAUCAGAUACAAGACACUGUAUGUCAGGCAGGCAGUGGAGUGAUUCAGCACCAACCUGCAAGAUAAUAUCAUGUGCAGUGCCUAGCAGACCCAUGAAUGGCAUAGUAAAAGGAGAAUUUUACACCUAUGGUAGUGUGGUCCAAUAUGAUUGUGAUCAGGGGUUUCAGCUAAAUGGUUUAAAUAAGAGAACCUGCCAAUCUGAUCAGAAAUGGGAUGGAAAUGAACCACUGUGCAUUCCCAUUUCCUGUGGACAAGCUCCCUAUUUAGAGAACGGUGAAGUGAGUGGAGAAGAAUACACUUUCCAAAACCAUAUUGAGUACAGCUGCAAAGAAGGUUUCCUGUUGGAAGGGGAUCGGAUGAGAGUUUGUCUUGCAGAUGGGACCUGGAGUGGGAACACUCCAGUGUGUAGGCCAGUCCAGUGUCCUGAACCAGUGAAACUUGUUCAUGGCCGGAUCAUUGGAUCAGAAUUCGGCGUUGGAAAGAGAAUUAAGUUUUUCUGUGAUGAAGGGUAUAUAUUGCAUGGCACACUCUCUCGUACCUGCCAGGCUAAUGGAACAUGGGAUAAAGAACCUCCAUUCUGCGAACCUGUCAACUGUGGGCCUCCUGAGGACAUCUCCCAUGGUUUCCUGAAUGGUUCUGUCUUUAGUUUUGGGGAAUAUGUAGAGUAUGUUUGCUUCCCUGGUUAUGAGUUACAAGGUAACCCAGUGAGGCAAUGUCAGUCAAAUGGUUUAUGGAGUGGAAGACCCUCUUCUUGCCUGCUUUGUGAGUGCCCUAUACCCACCAUUCAGAAUGGGAUAGUUACAGGUAGCCAUUUUGGCUGUGGCAAGAAGAUAGAAUUUCAAUGUCUAGAAGGUUUCAAACUGCUAGGACCUUCAGAAAUCACAUGUGAAGCUAUUGGCAGAUGGAGUUCUGGCUUCCCACAUUGUGGGCUGAUUUCCUGUGGCCCUCCACCUGUGAUUCCCUAUGCAUUUAUCAACGGAGGCAGUUCAGUGGAUCAAAACACCAUAAUUUAUAAUUGUGAGAUGGGUUAUGUGAUGCAAGGAAGCUCGGAAUUGACUUGUACAGAAAAAGGCGUCUGGAGUAGGCCAUAUCCAAAUUGCACGUUACUGACCUGUGGACCACCACCUGCUGUGCCUCAUGCAGUUGCUUUUGGAGAAUCUCAAGACUAUGGAAGUAAAGUUCAAUAUAGAUGUCUGGAGGGUUAUAUGAUAGAAACAGAAGUGGAUAUAUGCACCUGUCAGGAAGAUGGGCACUGGUUCCCUAAUACUAUUUCCUGUUGUCCCAGAAAAUGUCCCAUGCCACCAAAUAUAACCAAUGUUAUUAUUUCUGGUACUGAAUUUACUGUGAAUAAAAGCAUCACCUUAUCGUGUCCAGAAGGCUAUCUUUUGAUGGGUACCAGCACCUCCACUUGCCAGCAUAAUGGGACCUGGAUACCAUUAUUUUCUAAUGAGAUCUGCACUCUGCUCUCCUGUGGAAAACCUGAAGCUCCCGAAUAUGGGGUUGUGAUUGGCAACCAAUACAAUUACAAAGAUACCGUCCUUUAUAAAUGCAGCUUGGGUUAUGAAUUAGAGGGUGAUGCAGAACGCAUCUGUCAAGGAGAUAAAUUAUGGAGUGGAGUAACACCAGUAUGUAAAAAAACCAGAUGCGAAGCUCCAGAAUUGAUUGAGAAUGGAAAUGUUGUCUCUGAAAAUAAUACAGUUGGCAGCAGAACUGCAUAUUACUGCAAUAGGGGUUAUAGUUUGGAAGGCGAACCGAUUGCAGAAUGCACAGAAGCCGGAAUAUGGAGCCACCCAACACCUUCAUGCAAGCCAAAUCCGUGCCCUGUACCUAUUAUAAUUCCAGAAAAUGCCAUCCUCUCAGAAACAACAUUUUAUGUUGGACAAGAGGUAUUUAUCAAAUGCAGAGAAGGCUAUCAGCUUCAGGGACAAUCUGUAAUUAGCUGUAAUCCUGAUGAGGUCUGGACUCCAACCAAAGCUAAAUGUGAGAGGAUCUCUUGUGGGCCACCUGCUCAUGUAGAGCAUGCUUUGGUACGUGGAACAUUUUAUCAAUAUGGAGAUAUGGUGACCUACUCAUGCUACAGUGGAUACAUGCUAGAAGGCUCCCUUCGAAGUGUCUGCUUAGAGAACGGAACCUGGGCAGGAACACCAGCUUGCAAAGCUGUUUGCCGGUUCCCAUGUCAGAAUGGUGGUGUUUGUGAGAGGCCAAAUGUUUGUUCCUGUCUUGAAGGUUGGAUGGGGCGCCUGUGUGAAGAGCCCAUCUGCAUCCUGCAUUGUCUGAAUGGAGGUCGAUGCGUGGCCCCUUACCAAUGUGAUUGCCCAACUGGAUGGACAGGCUCACGCUGCCAUCAGGCUGUUUGUCACUCUCCAUGCUUAAAUGGUGGGAAAUGUAUACGACCAAACCGAUGCCAUUGUACUUCACCAUGGACUGGACAUGACUGCUCUAGGAAACGGAAAUCUGGAUUCCACCACUUUUAAUUUAAGAGCAAAAACUAUGAAGACUCUGAUUCCAAUCCAGUGGAUUUUGGUACUACAGUCACUGUAAAAUCAAAUAUAGUGGAUUUUUUAAAAACUGUUUCGAAUUUAUUAUUAUAUUUUUUUUCUUAAACAUUUAAUUAAUGUUUGAAUGGAAGCGUCUGUAUGGGGUUUUUUUCUCUUGCAGAAAGAUACAUGCUAAAAAUGUUGCUGCUGUCAAACACACAAAUGUACAAAUUUUGUUCACUGAAAGAGAAAACCUUACAGUCUUUCAUAUUAUGGGUGCAAAACUCUUAUGUCUAAGUUGUAUUCCAUGGCCAAAAAAGAUGCUUGCAUUGGGGAUGAAACUUAAUUAAACUCAUAUUUCCUUUCCCCCUCCCACCUCAUGUAAUGAUGUAACAUAAGUGAAAAUGUAAGUGAAUGCAUUAGACUUAAGAACUAUGAUUUCUCAGAUCUUAAGUCGAACCUUCUUAAACUUGGUCUCGUCUCUCUUAUUGGAUCCACUAUUGAAAGCAAUUCAGAAAUAGAGAGAUGAACGAUAAGACAUGGAAAAGAGGAAAAUUCAGUGUCUCCAUCAUGAUCUUUUUAUAUGCUAACGUACCUGAUAUCUUUUAUAAGUAAAUGAGAUGAAUAAUAAAUGACUGCCCUGUUAGAUCUGGUUUUGGUCUAAGAAACCUCCUACAAACCAUUUGUCUAUUUCAUUAUAGUAGUUGCAAGAUGAACAAUAUUUAGUUACUGUAGUUUGAUGGAACAAAUUUGAAUCUAGAUCAGGGGUCUCCAACCUUGGCAACUUUAAGCCUGGAGGACUUCAACUCCCAGAAUGCCCCAGCCAGCUUUGGGCAUUCUGGGAGUUGAAGUCCUCCAGGCUUAAAGUUGCCAAGGUUGGAGACCCCGAUCUAGAGCAUCAGGCAUUCCAAAUAGUUCGAAGUUGGUAAAUAAGAAUAUUUUGUUUUCAAAAUAAAUCUGAAUAUAUGAAGGCCACCAACCCCACCACUCAUGCUAAGGAAAUACUUAAGGUAUUUUUCCAUGGCUUGGAAGACUGUUGCUUAACAGGGAACUCCCAAUAUGGAAUUAUUUCAGAUUUGAUAAGAAUACUAAAAAACCAGAGACCCAGUCCAUGUUUUCUUCUAUGUAGGCCAGUGAGUGGGCUAUCUGUGAAGGAAAAAGAAUGGGGAAGGGAGGAGAUACGUCAGUAGAGACUCAACUGCCUACAAAAAUGUUUUGCUGGAUGCUAAAAUCAAGCCUGUUUACUGGGGAAGGUACUUGUUAUUUUAUCAUGGAUAAAUAUUUAAAAUAUAUGUGGAUUUGGUGAAUGAUUAGCACUUAGUUCAAAAUAAGUAAAACAGUAGUUGUCUUUCCAAUGGAAAAAAAAGUGAAAAUCAGAUUUCGUGUUUUUGAUAUUAUUUGCCAGAAUGCAACCCUUGUCAAAACAUGACAAAUAGCUUCCAGUUUCCAUUGAAAUUAAUAAGUAGUUGUUACUUAUCCUGGAUUUAAAAUUUAAGACUUUUUUAAAAUAACAUUCCUCAACAUAGUCAUUUCUCAGGAAAAGAAUUGCUGGGUCCCAAUUGAAAAGGCAGCAUGGUAGUAGUAAAAGCCAGUAAUACAAAAAGGCUGUUUAUUACAGUUGAAUACUGUAAUAAUUAUAUCCAGAGACAUCCACCGGAGUAAUUUAGUUGCUGCUAAGGUGAAAAGUGGGAAAGACAACUAAUGUGUUUGUUUCUUACUGCAUUACUUUCCUGUUAAGACAGUGCAUAGGUAUUGCAAUGGAUGCAUCUGUAUUAGCACCUUUUUUUCACAAAUGGAACCUUAUAUAUUCGAAGCAAUUCUCUUUAUCUUUCCCUGCUCUAUUAUAGCAAUUUUAUUUCAGAUCAGGUUGAAAGUUACUCUUUCCGUAAGCAAAAACUGAAGGGUGGACAUAACAUUAAAUGUGUAUAUGGGAAUAGCAUGACUAAUUUUCUGUGGAGGAAAGUUUCCUGAGAGGUUUGAUAAUGACAGUGACUAAAAUAAUAGAUUUGAAAAGAGAAUGCUUUUUUCCUCAUUUUUCCCCCCUCUCCUUGUAUUGCAUUAUUUGCUGUAUUGCACUUGCUGGUUUCUUUUUAUUUAGCAGAGAGGUCUCUUGCUGAUAGAGACAAGACACUCCAAAUUAGCAAUCUACCUCCAAGGGUUGCGCCAACAUACAUUUUUCUUCACAGCAGCGUGGAGGUGGUGUGCAAUUCCCUUCUGGGAUUUUGUUAGAGAGACUUGAAAUUUUUAAAUGUUCUCCCAUCCGAAUACUAGCCAUGCCCAACCCUGCUUGGCCUAAGAACCCAGAGUGUAUCAACUCGGUGCUACAGAACACAAUGCAAAAAUAAAUAUUAUGAACGUAUUAAAGCAAAGCAUACGUAGCCACCAGUGAAAGACGUAUGUCAGACACUGUUGGGUUUUGUGGUUUGAAUGAUAUGGGCAGAAACAGCAAUUUGCGCAUAUUGAGUUUUUGGGAGCCAUGCUUAAAUUGUUCAGAUUGCACACUUUUCUAUUGUUUUGCAAAUACUACAAUCUGAAACAUCUGCAAAUCUUUACAGAUGAGAAAAAACGUGAUUAAUUCAUAUCUGUAGUAUACUACAUAUAUUUAUAAAUACUAUGCCACCCUAUUAUAAUUUGUUCUGUGGACAGGGACUAGCCCAGUGUGUAGAUUCAACACUGUAAUUCCACUUCCAGUUUAUUGAGGAAGCUGCAUUACAGUAUAGAAGUGAGUAAUUAUAGCUUGUAUGGUCACACUAUUUAUCCAUGUCUUUCCCUUCUUGGGCAUGCUUGCGUAUGUUUAUAAUUUUACACUCAAGUUCUUUCAAAGGAUUUUUAGUCAUUUAGAAGGAAGAAGCAGACCUAAAAAAUUUUCCUCCUAAGCAUUUUCCAAAUUAAAAGGAAAAUUGAAAUACGUGUUCAGUUUUAAGCAGGAAGCAAAACCUCUGAGAGACAGCAAUUUGCUUAUUAGCACAACAGCAGUUAGUAAAUAAACCCAUCCAUAUUUUUUCUAGUAAGAAAUUGGGUUGGUUUUUUUUCACUCAUUCUAAGAGCAUCUAUUACUAAAACUGAAAUACAUCUUAUUCAAGCUCUUCCAGAAAAUAUAGCAAUAACAUUUUCAGUGGCUGGCUUUCCAUCCUAAUGAUCUUUAAGAGGCUUCCAAUUCCACAUUAGUUUUUAAUAUAUGCAGCCCAUUCUAAGAAAUCCAUUUCACCAGGCCUACACCCGGGAGGUGGGGGGGGGGGCAGAUCCUAAGUCAAGUAUGUAUAAAAUUUCAGCUAGAAGACUAAUCUUCAUAAAAUGGGAAAAGAACUCUAAAAUAAAUAAGCCAUCCUUGUAGUACCUUUUUCUUUGCAAGAUUCCUUCUUUUCCUAUUUAUUCACACACACUGUAUAUGAAUGGCUGUACUAUGAGCCAAAAUGUUUGUCUGGCAAAUGAUAGAAGAUAACAUACAAAAAUGAAACAAUAUUGCUUAUUUUCAGUACUAGCUGUUCAUACAUUUUCCCCACUUAUUUGAAUUAAUAUAGAAGGUGCAAAAUCUGAUCUAAAAAGGAUGUACACGAUCUAGGUCUGCGAGCAGGAAGUGUGAUGCCUGAAAGGAAAAAGCCGGAGAGUCAAAAUUAGGUGGUUGUUCUUCUAUUAUUACAUCCGUAGAAGAAGAAGAAUUGCUCUUUUUUAAACUACGGUUUAAACCCAUAAAAUAUAUUGUAAUUUAUGUUACCACCUGUCUUGUGUUUCAACAAUUUCUAUGUGAUGCACUUUACAUUGUAAAUAAAGUUGCACCCCAUUUAGUACC